ACCCAAACCCAAGUGUUUUCAUAAAUGUGUGUCAUCUUGGUAAUUAUUUUUAUGACAGGAAAAAUUCGACCUGGAUAAGAGUUUAAUAUAGAAAUUUGCUGCCAAAAUCAUCACACACUUUUUUAUAAACUUCAUUUGUGACACAUGAGCUUAAAGAUAUCUACACUUUGUUGUGAAGCAUAGAGCAUAACAGAAUAAAGAAUUAUCUUCAUAACAAAAUGGAAAUAUGUUGAUGAGAGUUGAACUUCACUAACCUGAAGUAUAAAAUACAUUACUGAAAGAAAAACAUAUACCUUAAUCUCAUAAACAACUCAUACCUUAAAUCUCCCAUAGGCCCUACUUAGUUCUACAUUUUAUGUGCUUUUAAUACUGAAUAUAUUAAUGUUUUGUCUUAAUGUCAUAAUACACAAACUAUGGUCAAUCAAAACAUGAAGAUCUUAGAUAUUAUUACACUAUAUGCAUUUACAUUGUUUUCCCCUAUGUAGUGUGUCUGUGGUGAGUUUACUGAGGAGAUUUAAUGGUUUGUUUUUAUCUAUAAAGAAAUAUAAUGUCAAGACUUAUUUACCUGUAUGUUUCUCAGUAGCUCUUUUUGAUUAUUUUUCCUACUAUUGCAGCCUUGUACAGGAAUAUAAUAAUCUUUUGGUGCAUAGAGACAAGGUCAUGCAGCUAAUGGGAUGCAGGGGGUGGGUUCCUCUGUGCAGCACCGCCUCUGUGUGCGGUUGUGAUUUACUUGAAGUGGGAUGUGUGUGUGUUAUUUACAUUGUUGUGUCGGGGUGGCUGCGCACACGUGCCGCUGCCUGUCGUCUUUGUCCUGCUUCACAGCUUCGCUGGCUGCCAUGGGCACUGCCUACAGGGAGAGGAGCUGUCUGCCUGCCUUUGCCAUUUCCUAACAUUGCAUCCCUUGCAGCAUUCUUCAUCAGCAUCUAGGCAUUGCAUCUCGGGAGGAGUCUCUCAGUCUAUUCUGAUUCCGUGGUCUUGUGAGGCACAAUGAGCGGAUUCCCGUAGGCUAUACCCAGCGACGUCUGCCCACCUGGAAGACGCUGGGAUGGUGCGUCUUUUGAGCGUUUCCAUUUGGGCUCCGAGUGAACUGGUUUCUUUUGGAUGAUGCGCAAAGGGGUUCUCGGUGUGUUUGUGUUCCAGUGUGAUUUGGAAAACCCCUAUCCCAACAGGAGAUCCAUGCCCCGGUUUUUGUACCGUUUUCAUCAUCAUGUCCCCAGCAUCGGCUGCAACGGCCAGUGAAAGCAGCACCACCACCACCGUCCCCGAAGAGGAGUCAGACAGCCCCCGAGAGGAGCAGCGGCCCCAGAAACAGUCCUUGACUAAAUCCUUGUGUCAGGAAACCCAUUGGAAAUGCCUGCUGCUGUCCCUGCUGAUGUAUGGCUGCGUCGGGGUGAUGGCCUGGUGCCAGGUGACCAAGGUCACACGCCUCUCCUUCGACAGUGCUUACAAGGGAAAAUCCAUGAUGUACCACGACAGUCCCUGCUCCAACGGCUACAUCUACAUCCCUCUGGCCUUCCUGGUCAUGCUCUAUGUGGUCUACCUGGUGGAGUGCUGGCACUGCUACACCAGGAAUGAGCUGCAGUACAAGGUGGAUGUGGACACUGUAGCCGAGCGCAUCCAGCGAAUGAAGCAGGCUACACCCUGCAUCUGGUGGAAGGCCAUCAGCUAUCACUAUGUGAGGAGAACACGGCAGGUGACGCGCUACCGUAACGGAGAUGCAUACACCACUACACAGGUGUACCAUGAGCGAGUCAACACCCACGUGGCUGAGGCGGAGUUUGACUAUGGGAACUGUGGGGUUAAGGACAUCUCAAAGCACCUGUUGGGCCUGGAGGGCUUCCCUAUCACCAGGCUGAGGUUCACUAAGUGCUUUAGCUUUGCCAGUGUGGAGUCAGAGAACUCCUAUCUGACCCAGCGGGCCAGGUUCUUCACAGAGAAUGAGGGUCUGGAUGACUACAUGGAGGCCCGUGAGGGAAUGCAUCUGAAGAAUGUAGACUUUAAAGAGUAUAUGAUUGCCUUUUCUGACCCUAGUCACCUCCCCUGGUACGCAACUAACUCCACUUUUUGGCUGGCAGCUGCUUUCACCCUCUCCUGGCCUCUGCGGGUGCUGACAGAGUACCGCACUGCUUGUGUACACUACCAUGUAGAAAAGCUGUUUGGUUUUGACUAUGUGCCAGCAACACCAUCUGAAGAGCGGCCGUAUUGCCGACACAUCCCAAGAGUCAACACAAUCGACAGCACAGAGCUGGAGUGGCACAUCCGCUCCAACCAGCAGCUGGUGCCCAGCUACUCAGAGGCAGUUCUCAUGGACCUGGCCCAGCUCUCAGGGAGCUGUAACAGCUACUCCGUAUGUGGAGGCUAUGGCAGCUACAGGCAGAACUGUGAACGCUGCCACCGUGCCAUCAGCAGCUCUUCCAUCUUCUCUCGCAGCGCCCUCAGCAUCUGCAACACAGGGAGCCCCCGCAUCCCCUUUAGCGCCAGCCGCUUCUCACUUGGCCGCUUGUACGGCUCCAGGCGGAGCUGCCUGUGGAGGAGUAGCGGGAGUCUGAAUGAGCAGUCCUGCCCCACAGAGAGCACGCGCUGUCUGUCAGGCCAGCAGACCAGUGAGGAGAACCCUCCAGCCUAUCAGGAUGCUCUGUACUUCCCAGUGCUCAUUGUACAUCGCAACGAGGGCUGCCUCAACCACGACCACCACUCCCUGCACAGAAACGGCUCCUGUGUAGAGACCUCACUAUGACCCACGGCUGCCACACUUGUCUGAGCAAAGAAUAUAAUGAUACAGGCACAGAAUAAGAAACCUCCUAACUCCUGGGUUAGGAUAAUAAUGAUUUCUGCUUCUUCCCUCUUUUACUACUACAAGCUACCACAAACAAGGAUUUGUUCAAGUUUCUAAAGGCACUGUCGCCUCAAACAAACAGAAGGAAAAGUAUGUCUGGGAAAGUCCUUACAGUACACUUAAUAUGUCAGGGAAAACAGACUUGAUGGUCUUGAUGAGACUGUUGUUUAAAAUGCAAUGCGGCUUUAAAGGACCAUACUGCCAAAGUGUCACGUACAGCGUCAAUAAAGAGUCAAAUAACCAAGGA